CGAGCGGCGGCACUAAAAGAUAAAUGUACAUUAAAGGGAACUGAGCUUCCUUACUUGACCUUCCUUGGUGGCCAGUGUUUAUUGUUAUGCGACUGGUGCUCACUAGUGCAACACGUGUGUACUGUACGUUGCUCGGCUCAGCUGCAAUCAUUAGCAAGGAAUGCUUGGACUGCCGAAAUAAUCCGCAGGAACACAGCUGAGCCUGGUCGACUUACUGUUAUUACACUGGGCAGUCGCUGAGAAACUUCUGGUUAAGCAGCCAUGGCUAUCUCACAUGGUAAUCUUCUGAAAAAACCUCAAGUUGUUGAAGAAAUAUUGGAGUCUGAAGAUAGUGGUAGUGAUGUAGAAUCAGGAAAUGGAAGUGAUGUGGAACCUGAAGUGGAAUUACAUAGCUUAGAAGAUAUUAAGCAAGAAGGGGAAAGUAUUUUAAAAGGAACGGUAGAGGAAAUACUUGAAGUGGAUGAUAAAGAGCGUAAAGCACAGGACCAUAGUAGCUGUGAUGAGAUAAAGGAAGAGGAUGUCAGUGAUAUUGAAGAUGAGAGUGUCAGAAAUAAAUCUGUUUCAACAGGGGAAUCUCUAAAAAUUAUCAGUGCAAUGGAAGACCCCAGUGAUGAAUCAGAGAUGGACUCUAGUGACAUAAAUGACAAUGAUGAUGAUGAUAGUGAUGCAAGUAAAGUUUACAAGGAUGAUUAUGGUGGCAAUGAAAGUGAAAGUGGUGUUGAAAGUGAUGGAGAUAAAAACAAGGAGGAUGACAGCUCUGGGCUUGCAAAUGUGAUGACUAGAAUCCUGGGAACAAAGAAGUCAGACAACGUGAUUUUAUCAAAAGCAAAGAAAAAUCAGAAAAUUACAAAAGCAAUUGAUGACACGAGCGAUAACAGUUUUGAGGUCGUCGACGACAGCGGAAAAGUAAAGAAAGAACCAAAUAUUAAGUUGGAGAAUGAGGACAAGAAAGCCACAGAAACAUUACACGAGAGAGAGCUGCGGAAAAAAAUUUGGGAAAAUAGGUUCAGAGUGAAACCAAAUGUAAAGGAAGACCGGGAGAAAGAGAGACGUCUCAGGGUGUUGGCUACACAGGGUGUAGUGCAGUUGUUCAGUGCUAUUGAAAAACACAAGAAUAUGAUCCAGCGGAAACUAUCAGAAACUCGGAGUAUUAUGGGACGUGAAAAAGUAUUAGAGACUACUGGUAAAGAAGCUUUCUUAGAAGUUUUGAAGCAACAAGGAGAAAAGGUUAAUGCACCCCAGGAAGAGGAGCCUAUUAAAACGGAAAUCAAAGAAGAACUAGUGGAUCUACCACCUAAGAAGAAACCAAGAUGGAGUGUGCUGGCAGAGAACUUCUACAAGGAGCCUACACUACAAGGCUGGGACCAACAAAGUGACGAUGAAAAGUAAACUGGUGUAAGGUUGUCAAUAAUAAUGUUGUAGGAAGCUUUUUAAUAAUAACAUAUUCAACUUGGUA